AUGUCGCUAGGGCGAAAUCCAGACCUUUCACCGUCCACGAGGGAGAACGCGCGGUUGUUUCUACUUUCACCCGUGUCGCUACGGCCCAUGACCAGCCAUGCUCGAAUUGAAGGUGGCGCACUGUACACGAAAGGCGAGCGCGAGGUCGCGGAUACGCGCCCAAUCCCGCGGAAGAGCUUCCUGCCUCAAUUGGCCGCAAAGACUGGCAAUGGCCUCGCAACUUUAACGGAAGAAAACUCAGACAGCGAUACCUACAGACAGAAAAUGUGGGCAGGUCAGGCCAACAUCUUGGUGACCGUGCGUUUGCGUCCGCUUCUGAGUCACGACCGAGAUCGCGUGGAGAUUGUGAAAGUUUUAGGGAAUAAAGAGAUUGUCGUUCUCACGCGCAGUUCGGAGUCGAUACCAAUUGCAAAUUCCUCUGCGCGACGGCAUUCGUUGCACUCGCAUCGGAAACCACGCCACACGUCCGCUUUUCCUGCGAUGGCAAAUGGAUCACGCAGACGUGAAAAACGCUAUGCGUUUGAUUAUGUUUUUUCCGCAAGUGAUGGUCAGCAAAAAAUUUAUCAGCAAACCACGAAAUUUCUGAUACACGGAGUACUAAACGGUUUUAAUGCUACCGUGUUUGCCUAUGGCUGUACUGGAGCAGGGAAAACGUACACGAUGCUUGGCACAAAAGAGGAGCCUGGUAUCAUGGCGAGAACAUUGGAAGAUCUUUUCCGAAACAUUGAACGUGUUCAUGCAGACCCAGCAGGACGUGUGCGAUACCGAGUGACAGUCUCUUUUCUAGAAGUUUACAACGAGAAUAUCCGCGAUCUGUUGUGUGCUAGUUCGUCUUGCUCGUCUUCUGUCGCAAUGCCAACAUCCGAGUUUCUAGAUUUGCGUGAAGAUCCGAUUCGAGGGUCUGUUGUAGCGGGAUUGUUGGAGGUGGAGGCGAAUAAUGCACAGGACGUGAUGAAAUUAUUGCGUAGAGGCAACAAGUACCGAUCACAGGAGAGUACGUCAGCUAACUCCGUCUCCUCGCGAUCACACGCAGUGCUUCAGGUGCAUAUCGAGCAGCAAGAGAAACUGGCGGACUCGGAAAAUUGCGAUACUGAUAACGUUGAAGUAAAAUUUGGGAAAUUAUCACUUGUGGAUUUAGCAGGAAGCGAGCGAGCUGCCGUGACACAAAACCGUGGUCAGAGGUUACUUGAGGGAGCAAAUAUUAAUCGAUCAUUGCUAGCAUUGGGGAAUUGUAUCAAUGCGUUGGGAGAAAAGGAAGGAACGUUUGUGCCUUAUCGAGACAGCAAGCUUACAAGGCUUCUGAAAGAUUCAUUGGGUGGAAAUUGCCGAACGGUGAUGAUUGCCAACGUUAGCCUUGCAGCAUCAAGUGUGGAGGAAACGUUGAACACUCUCAAAUACGCUAAUCGAGCCAAGAAUAUCAAGACGACGAUAACAAGGAACAUUGUUGAGUCUGAUAAUUCUUUCAACCAGAGCAACCUUGUGGCAAACCUUCAGGAAGAAAUUGCCACAUUGAAGAAGGAACUUCUUCGGCAACAAGAAAAAGCGGAAAUUAGUCGACAUUCUCCGCCAGAAUCGGAACGACGCUGGGUCGAAAGCAAGAAAUCUUUGGAGAAUGAAAAUGUUGACAAUAACUUGGAAGAAGAAGACUGGAUGACGUCAAAACUACGUGAAGCUCGUCAAUACAUUACGCAGUGUUUUCAAGAGCGUCGGAGAUUGCGUCACGCACUAUUGAAGAUCGAACAUCAGAUCAAAAGUCGAGCACAGGAACUUCAAGAUAAACAGAAUCCACCUGCCUUAAUCACAGAACCAAACAACGCGCAGUCUUCUUCUCCCCCUUCUAAGUCAUCGACUGUAAAUGAACCCCAAAGUCAACAAAGGGAAGGGAAAGCAUCUGUGGCAGACACAACACUGCAAGAAAAUAACACAGCCGUGGAGGCAGCAAAGACGGAUGUUAAAGACCAGCAACUCGCUUCUUUAUUGUUGGAUAAGGAAGGCCUGAUGCAACAACUGACCAGAAACGAAAGAGCAAUGGACGAGUUUCGGCGAGGAAUUGAGCAAAGUCCGUUAAUGGAGCGCAACGAAUUGAUCCGCGAGGUUUUACUGAUGGAAUUUCGAAUUGGGAGUUUGGAAAUUGACAAGAUGCAGCUUCAAACUCUGCACGACCUGCAAAUGAACGUUGGCGUUGGUGAACAUGGGAACAAUGACGACCUUCUUACAGGGCAUCUAGAUGGCAGCCUUAUCCCUAAUGGCGGACGAGAACUUCACCUUGAUCUGCCAGCUCUUGUUUCGGAUAGAUCCCAACCUCAAACCUCUGACCGGGAUAGCAAUCGUGUACAUCUUCCGAAAAUCAAGGCAAGUAAAGGGUUCUUGGAGGAGCUGCGUGUGCAUCUUUACCCAAGUAAAUCGAAUAGUAAUCGUGACAAGCAUCAGGAAGUGGCGCACACAGUUGCAGUAUCUCCCGUGACGAACAACAAACAUUGGGGCAUCCACCUGAACAACGCUUCACUACCGUACAUUCGUUUAAAGAAGAAGAACCCCAUACCGCUAUACGUCCAGCCAACCACAUCUGGAAGUCUUGCAGAAGUACUAACACUGGGAAGAACACCGUCAACGAAAUCGGUAGCAGAGCCUUACCUCAAAUCGCUCAAGAAGCGACACAAACCUCGUGGUAAGCAUAGUAAAAACGCGAAGUAAUAAUAUUCUUGACCGA